AUGUCAGACGGAUCAGAGAAAGGCGUCACGACUGUGAAACAGAAUGUCUGCGUUAUACCAGACCUCACAAUCAAGGACUUGUUGAGUGCCAUCCCCGCUCACUGUUUCAAGCGUUCAGCAUUGCGGUCAUCAUUAUACAUUGUUUAUGACCUGGUGGUAAUCUCGGGUAUCUACAAGACCGCCACUUAUCUUGACAGUCUCAUCUCUCCCGAACACAUUUCCCUCCCUCAUCCUCUGCUCUAUCCUGCUGCACGCUUGUCUCUCUGGGCGGGGUACUCCUUCUGGACAGGUCUCUUUGCAACUGGCCUUUGGGUCAUUGCUCACGAGUGCGGCCACCAAGCAUUUUCAGAGUCCAAGUUGAUCAACAACAGCGUUGGUUGGGUCCUGCAUUCCGCGCUUGGUGUACCAUACCAUUCGUGGAGGAUCACGCAUGCGAAACAUCAUGCCUCAACUGGUCAUAUGACCCAGGAUCAGGUCUUUGUUCCCAAGACGCGUUCGCAGCUUGGCUUGCCCUCAUUCGACCCGACGAAGGAGGAUAUCCUUGGUUCGAGUGUUUCGGACGAAGUAAUGAAGGAGUUGAAGGAGGCGCUGGGCGACUCCCCUAUUGGCGCAAUGUUGGGUGCUGCUACCUAUUUGCUUGGCGGCUGGCCUGCAUAUCUUAUCCGCAACGCAUCUGGCCAGAAGCGUUAUCCCAAAGGCACCAACCACUUCAACCCUGAUGCUGUGAUGUUCGCACCUCACCAGCGCGACUCGAUCAUUCUGUCCGACAUCGGUAUCGUGCUAUGGCUUGCUGGUAUCACCGGUUCCGUCUAUACAUUUGGGUUCUGGACUGUGUUCCGUCUCUACCUAGUGCCUUACCUCUGGGUCAACCACUGGCUUGUCCUCAUCACGUUCCUCCAACAUACCGACCCACUUCUCCCCCACUACCGUGCCUCUGAGUUCUCUUUCCCCCGUGGCGCUUUGGCUACUUUGGAUCGCAAUCUUCUUGGUGGCUGUGGCUCGAUUAUGGGUUGGAUCGGUGCUCAAGCCACCCACGGUAUCUCUGAGACCCACGUCCUUCAUCACGUCUCCAGCAAGAUCCCUCAUUACAACGCUUGGGAAGCUUCUGAUGCCCUUCGUAAGCGCCUUGGGCAAUCAGGGAUUAAGCUUGAGGGUGCUCCGGGUGGAUGGGGGGAAGUCUACAGGGUUUUCAAGGAGUGCAAGUUUGUCGAGGAUGAAGGCAACAUUCUUUUCUACAAGAAUGCGUCGGGUCUCGCUGCCACUCGCCCUUCGUUCGCUGAUGGUAGUGCUAGCGACUCCGGCAUCGAGAUUGACAAGAUCUAA